GCACAAACAAAGAAAAAUAAAGUAGGAAAGCCACCGCCCCACCUUCUUCUCUAGAACCUCUCUAUCUAUCCUUUUCACUCUCAUUCCUUUCAAAAACCCUAAUUUUCACUAUCACCAUCUUCAACAACAAAAAUGGCAGCCGCCGCACCACCGCCACCACCAACCGCAGCACCAGAGCCAAACAUGGUACCACUAACUUCACCGAUCGGCCACCCAAUGUUCUCCCGUAUCCGUCUCGCGACACCAUCAGACGUCCCAUUCAUCCACAGACUAAUCCACCAAAUGGCCGUGUUCGAACGCCUCACUCAUCUCUUCGCCGCCACCGAGUCAGGUCUCACUUCCACGCUCUUCAACUCUCGCCCUUUCCAAUCAUUCACCGUCUUCCUCUUAGAGGUCUCUCGUUCCCCAUUCACCGCCGCCGCUCCGUCUCCCGAUUUCACACCGUUUCACAAAACUCAUAACCUUGAUCUCCCGAUCGAGGAUCGGGAGAGCUACAAUUUCUCGCCUGAUAUGUUAAACGACGUCGUUAUUGCUGGGUUUGUUCUGUUUUUCCCCAAUUACUCGAGCUUUUUGUCGAAACCUGGUUUCUACAUUGAGGAUAUAUUUGUGAGAGAGCCGUAUAGGAGGAAAGGGUUUGGGAGUAUGUUAUUGACUGCUGUGGCUAAACAAGCUGUGAAGAUGGGUUAUGGCAGAGUUGAAUGGGUUGUUCUUGAUUGGAAUGUGAAUGCUAUGAAAUUUUAUGAGCAGAUGGGUGCUGAGAUUUUGCAGGAAUGGAGAGUUUGUAGGCUUACCGGUGAUGCUCUCCAAGCUUUUGAUCAGGUGAACAUCUAGACAUUAAUGUGUUGCUGCUGAGAUUGCUGAGAGUUAUCGAGUCGAUGAGACCACUUCCUUUUGCUUAAAACUUUAAAGUUUGCUUCUUUUGUUUUCCUGUUGUUCUUACUGUUAUGGAAGUGAUGACAUUGAUGAUUCUCUCUGCUUACUUACUGGAUACUCAAUGAGAGAAACCCUUUUGUGGAAUGUAUGAAACGUUUUCAAGUAUUUAGUAGAGAGUUGUGUAAUUGUGAUACCUUGUCAUGUUUGCUUUACUAUAGUUG